AUGAGUGGCAAGGGCUGCGCCUGUACGCCGCGCUCGUUGCUGGUCCCGGCUGGCGGCGUAAAGGUCCUUGAUCCGAGCCUCCGAGUGAGCAGCGAAGAGCUGCUCAAACGCGAUCGCGAGUGGCAGCAGCAGAGGCAGCUGGCCGAGACCACCUCCGCCAAGGUCGGUGUCACUGCGACCGAGCAACGAGGUCGACCAGCUCAGCCAGCAUCCGACCAGUCUGGCCACGGCCUGCAACGGAGAAGCAAGCUGGCCUCCCUCAGAUGGCCGUUCCGCAAGGCAGUGAAGUGA